AUGCGGUCCAGCAUCGCCUGCGCUCGGUGCCGCCGCAGCAAGAUCAAAUGCGUCAAUGCCGGCAUCGACACCACCUGCCGCGCCUGCGAGUCUUCAGGGAGAGAAUGUGUCUAUCCAACCCCGACGAUCGGGGUGAGCGGUGCCAAGCGGGACCUGGCCGCGCUGGAGGGCGACGACCGGAAUGGCGAGUGGGAUGGACCGAAGCGACACCGCUCCCGCAAGGCGAUCGGUGUCGGCUCGUCGGCCGGCUCCAAGGCCGGUCUCGAUGCCUUGGACGCUUCGAUUCUCACCGUGAAAGUCUGGGAAGCCGUCUUUGAUCUCUUCCAGUCGCACUUUGCCACUCUCCUCCCUUUCCUGCACCCGGCAACGUUUCUCGGUCAGAUUCGCCAGAUCUCGUCGCCCCCGGUUCCCCCCUCGGCUCCGGCAGUCGAUGGGCAAGAUGUUCCGCGGACUCAUGCGCCCAAAGUGGAUCCGUCUGCGACGCUGAUCCCCCUGGGCGUGCUGGCCUUGACUGCUCGCUUCCACCCGCCGCUCGUCGCCUACCACUCGGCGGCUUCACCCGGCCACCCUUCCAAUCCCCUCGCCGCCUCGGAAUACUAUGCGAUGGCCUUGCGCAGCCGGCUGGCCGGCUUGGAUGGCGCAAGCCUCGCAGUCCCCGAUCUCGCGCGUGUCCAGGCACUCUUGAUGCUUGCGCUGCAUGAGUGGGGCAUGUGUCGCGGGAAGAGCGCCUGGGUUUAUGUCGGGAUGGCCAUUCGGCUUGCGCAGGCCAUGGGGUUGCCUUUUGAGCUCGAGAAUGAGCUCCCCCCGCGUGAUCCGUCGCGCUCCUCCCCGGCCCUCAAGGCGGAGGCAGAUCACUUUGGUCUGCCGCGACGCGCCGAGUCCAAGGAGCAAACCUCCGAUGAUAUCAUUGCCCAGGAGACCAAGCGCCGGACCUUCUGGGCCUGUUUCCUGCUUGACCGGUGUUUGAGUAGCGGCAAAUACCGACCGCGCAUGAUCCGAGUCAAGGAGCUCGGAAUCCAGCUUCCGAGCGACAAUGCUUUUGCUUUUGGUGAGCGUGUACGGACGGCACGACUCAAUGAGCCCAUUGUGCGUCGUCCACAGAGCUUCGGCGCCCAGGGCGUUCAGAUCCCGAGCAUUCGCCAGAGCCUGGGAUUUGGUGACGAGAAGCUCCUGCCGGCGAACGGAACUCCAGAUGGCAAAUCCUGGUCGCCUAUUUCUCGGCGAAAGGACUCUAGUGAGGAAGACGUCGAUCGAUGGGAGGUCGGCGCAGAAGAGUCGGUGCUCAGUCGAGUGAUUCGCAUCAUUCGCAUCUGGGGAAGCAUCGCCAAGUGGUCGUGUGCCGGUGGCCGACGAACGGAGCAAUACCCGCCCUGGCACCCGGAAUCGCGCUUUGCGACGCUUCGGUUGCAGCUAAGCGAAUUCCAGGAUAGUCUCUCUCGCAAUCUGCAGUAUUCGCUGCGGAAUACCGACACCCAUAUUAUGUAUAAGACCACCCUGGCUUCGUAUACGGUUAUGCACGUCGUUUACUUCUUGUCCGUUAUCGUUCUCCACCGCGCCUACAUCCCAUUCUUGCCUGUUCGGUGCAGCGAGCCUGUUGGUCCCCUGGAUGAGCCUUUGUUCCCCGUGGACAAGACCAGCAGCGCGCCAGAGGGCUUCUGGCGUGAUAGUGCGCGCGAGCUCUUCAAGGCUGCGCGACAGAUGAUUGAUUUGGUUGCUACCUGCCAGGGUCGUGGGGCACUCGUGGAGAAUCCUCUGGUUGGCUUCGCCAUCUACAAUGCCGCCUUCAUCGGGGUAUAUGGUACACAUUUCUCCCACAUGGACCCCGAGGGCCUGUUGGGUGCGAAGCCGCCACCACCAAGCCAUGAUAGCCACCAGCUGGGAGCUGCGCAAGCACGCAAGGCAUUGGAUAUUCUGCGAGAGAUGCGCCCACGCCUCAAGAUGGCCAUGGGCUGGUUCCGCACCCUCAACCGCCUUCAUAGCUACUUCUCCAAAGUCAAGCGCGAUUUUCGUCGACUUUCUCGCAAUCGGCUGGAUAGUAUGUCGGACGUGUCUGAUCAUCCCAUUCCCAAUGGGAUUCGACCAGUGCGCGAAGGUGGAAGCGGCGGCGGCCUGGAAGAAUUCAAGUUGCUCGAGAAGCUUUUCCUCGACUUUGGGACGAUUGAAGAUCAGCUGCCGGAGUCUGGCUUCGACGAGGACGUCGCUGUGCCUGCUGCCGGAGAGCCCAUGCCCGAGCGCACUAACCUCAGCGAUGCCGGCAGCAAUGCCGUCAAAAGCGAGACCGGCGAGCCUAUGGAGCCGUCAGAUAGCACCAGUGGCCGGCGUGAGUCCUGGGUGCCGAUCAACAGCCCCGGCAUGCCUUUACCCAGCCACGAAGGUGACCGCCGCCCGAGUCUGCCACUACCCAACAGCCGUCCUCUCCCAUCCCAAUCGCCUUACAGCCUCCCAUCAUUGCAGCAGCACCACCCAGACGGCCCUCUCUAUACUUCAUCACCCAGCCUGCCAUCAUUGUCCGCAACCACCCAGCCUCCUUCUCAAUACCUCCCCGCAACAAGUAACCGACUACAACCCAUCAACUCGUGGCUCCCAUCUCGUCCACAAGCACCACCUCCACCAUACUCGCAGUCCCUCCCGCCCAUCAGCGCAGCCACCCCUCACAGCCUCCCCGUUCUCCCGCCACCGGGUUCCGUCACCCAGCUGGCUCCCUCGCCUCCUUUGACCUCGACAGAGGGACCCGACUCGAGCCUCAUGGCGACCAGCCUCGGGGGCGACGAUGUCCUGGCCUUCUUGGAUGGCUGCGAAUGGGCGCAGCUGUCCAUGAGUGCGCCGUCGGAAGUUGGCAUUCCUGCCGGCUGGCUGAGCACCGUGUGGUCGCAGUUCAGCCGGUAG